AUGAAUCGCAGUACGGUGACAGAAUUCAUUCUUCUCGGACUGUCCAGUGACCCCAGUAUACAAGUUAUAUUAUUUAUCAUCUUCCUGGCCGCCUACCUGGCCUCGCUGGCUGCUAAUGGUCUUCUUAUCCUGGCUGUGAGCUUCGACCAUCAUCUGCAUAAUCCUAUGUAUUUCUUUCUCAUUAAUCUGUCAAUCAUUAAUAUUGGCGUUCCUUCAGCCAUUGUUCCAAAGAUGCUUGUCAAUUUAAUGUGUGAGGAAAAUAAGAUAUCGUAUGCAGGCUGCAUAUCCCAGACUUUUUUCUAUCUUCUUGGAUCAAGUGAAUACAUCCUCCUGGUGUUCAUAGCGUACGAUCGUUUUGUUGCAAUCUGUAAACCCCUGCGCUACCACAUGGUAAUGAGUACAUCAGCUUGUACAUGGAUGAUCACAGUUACAUGGACAGGUAGCUGUGUUAUCUUAACAUUUUGUGGCCCUAACAUUAUUAAUCAUUUUUAUUGUGCAUACCCUUUACUGAUGCGUUUAUCCUGUAGUGAUACCUCUGAACUUGAUGUCAUGACACCCCUGAUUGUACUGUUGGUUCCUCUGAUUCUUAUCCUGUUCUCUUACUGUAGAAUUAUCGUUUCAAUAAUUAGAAUCCAGUCUGGACGAUACAAAACUUUUUCCACUUGCAUUUCACACCUGAUCGUUGUAACAAUGUUCUAUGGAAUAACGUUGGUUAUGUUCUUGCGAUCAAAGGUUUCUGUUGAUGAAAACAGAGAUAAAAUAGUAUCCGUUUUUUAUAAUUUAGUGACACCUUUGUCAAAUCCUUUAAUCUAUAGCGUGAGAAAUAAAGAUGUUCUCAGAGACAUGAGACGGUUAGAAAAAUUGCUGUAA